GAGUCUUCCGGGCCGGGGCGGGGCCCGGUUGGCCCGGAGGCGGGGGAAACGUUAAGGUGACCCCGGCGCAGGGCGGAGCCGGCGCGGCGUGGCGGCGGGGACCAAUAUGGGCGACGUGGGCGCGCUCCUGCGACGGGUGGCCUGGAAUCUGAACCAGAGGCGGGAUAUCUCCUCCUGGCUGGCCAAAUGGUUCCCCAAAACCCCAGCCAAGUCCGUGGUGGCCCUGAAAACACCUAUCAAGUUGGAGCUGGUAGCAGGGAAAACCUACAGGUGGUGUGUGUGUGGCCGUAGCAAGAAGCAGCCCUUCUGUGAUGGCUCCCACUUCUUCCAACGCACUGGCCUCUCCCCACUCAAGUUCAAGGUCCAGGAGACCCGCAUGGUGGCCUUAUGUACCUGCAAGGCCACUCAGAAGCCCCCAUACUGUGAUGGCACCCACAGGAGUGAGCGGGUACAGCAGGCAGAAGUGGGCUCCCCACUCUGAGUGGGUAGCUGCUGCCUAGACCCAGGCAUCUGACAGACACCUCCUUUGUGGGAAAGGAAAGUGAGUGCCAAGCCCAAGAAAGGAUCAUCCAGGAACCCCAGUACGCACAGCUGGCUUGUAAAGGACUUGCUCCCCAUAACCUGAGAUUUCCAGUCUGGGGCAGCCAGGAACAGGCCCCUGGUUCAGCAACUACUGGUGAUGUCAUUAAACAAGCGUGCCUGCUG